GGAAAACAUAAUCCAUGCCAUUGAAUUUAAAAGAUCAAAGGCAAAUAGAUCUGUUAUAAGUAAUAAAGAUAAGAAAAUUUCCUUAAGAAAAUCCAUUCAAGAUAUCAACAAAUCAAUAUUCGAUGGAGUAUGCUUGACGCCAGCACUAAAUGCAAGUCAUUUAAACCAUGGAAUUGAUACUAUGAUCAAGAGAAGAGGGUAGCAAAAGUCGUAAAGCUAAAUUAAGAAGAUCUAUAAACUUAUCAACAACUAAAAACCUUGGUUUAAAUAAGAUGCUCAAAAUGAAAAAGAAGAACAGAGAAAGCUCCAAUAAGACAAUUUCAAAAAUGGGGAUUCAUCAAGAGUUAUUUCAGAGAUAUGGCUGGACUGCAUCUAGUUGAAAAAUUGCAAGGUUAAAUAGAUCUAAAAGAUGUAAAAAGUUAAUGCCUCAAAAUGUAUCAGUAAAAACUCCAAACGGGUUCAAGAAUACUAUUGAGUAUUCGACAAACAGAGCUGAAAACUGUUUGAUGUGAUUGCAUAAGGAUGAGCAGAUUCGUUCAAUGGCAAUUGAAAUUGAAGAAUUGACUCAAAGUUUCAGUCAGCUAAUAACAAAUUCGAUUGAAGAUCAGAAUACGGUGGCAAUUUUGAAUGAGGCCAUAAAGCAGACAGAGAUUAAAUGAGACUUAGAGACAUCAUUUUUGCAGACCAAAGUGACUUUGCUUGAAGAAGCAUUGAAUUCUAAAAAUAAAGACUUAGAAACACUGGAUGCUUUUAAAGAGAACAAUAGUCAUCUGUUGGCUCUUCUAGACAAAUAUGAUCAAAAGAUGGUUGACAUGCAGAAUGACAUUGACAUUCGGGAUUUAAAGAUUGACCACUUAUAGUAUCGCUAUAUGAGAAGGAAGAUAAAGAAGUAGAUUUUAAUCUUCUUGAGUCGAAGAUCAGAUUUCUAUUAGAAUUAUUGGAUUACUGUAAGCAAAAGCUUGAGGAUGAAAACAACAGAAAGAUUGAUAAUUUAUCAGGAGGGUUCAAUGAUCCAUCUUCUGAGGUUUUAUAUAAUGAGUCAAUGAGCCAUACCAACCCUAAAAGUGAACCUGAUUUUGCAUCUGUACGAGUUGACAGUUAUUUUGUGUAA